AGGUUCUUUUCACCAACAAAACAGACCAGGAAUAAUCAUGAGUACUGAAUACGAUUACUUGUUCAAGCUUUUGCUCAUUGGAGACUCUGGUGUUGGAAAGUCUUGCCUCCUCUUGCGUUUUGCCGACGACACCUACACUGAGAGCUACAUCAGCACCAUCGGCGUUGACUUUAAAAUCAGAACCCUUGAGCUCGACGGGAAGACGAUCAAGCUGCAAAUCUGGGAUACGGCUGGUCAGGAGCGCUUUCGCACCAUCACCUCCUCCUACUACCGAGGAGCGCACGGGAUCAUUGUUGUGUAUGACGUGACCGAUCAAGAAUCGUUCAACAACGUCAAGCAGUGGAUGAAUGAGAUCGAUCGCUAUGCCAACGACAAGGUCAACAAGAUGUUGGUCGGCAACAAGUGCGACCUCACCGCGAAGAAGGUCGUCGACUACAACACAGCUAAGGAGUUUGCUGACCAGCUUGGCAUCCCCUUCUUGGAGACCUCGGCAAAGGACUCUACCAACGUCGAGCAAGCUUUCAUCACCAUGGCGGCUGAGAUCAAGGCUCGUAUGGCUCAGGCACCUGCACCCAAGAGCGGCGGCCAGUCCAUCCAGGUUGGAGCAGGUGCUGCAGUGGGGGAGAAGAAGGGCUGCUGUUAAGCGAGGAAGAAGCUCAAGGGGUGCAGAGAAGUUGUACAUGGGAAGAGGAGUGGGAUGGCUUGCCGUCUCUGUCCAUUGUGAUUAAUUGAUUUUUGAUAUGUGGAGCGACUUUCCAUGCUCGGGUUCACAAGAUGAGAGACGCGUGCGGUCUCGGCGUUAAACUUGCAAGAUUCAUAAAUCCGAUGCGAAUUG